CUUUCUUACACUCACUCUUUCUCCUUAUCUUCUCAUAAAAACACUCAAAAAAACACACACAAAAAAAUGGCAGCAUCAUCAUCAACAUCCAUGCCUUUAACAUUUUCCCCCACAUUCUCAGCCACUCCCAAAACCAAAACGACGACGUCUUUGUCGUUUAACAGAUCUACACCAUCUUCAUUCACAGUUACCAAACCGACGUCGUUUCGUGUGCUGACAAAAACAGUCAUCUACGCCACCGCUUCAGAGCCUGUGACUGAAACUAAAAAGAGAGCUCCUAGAGGCUUCUCGAAGCCUCGCCCAGUUUCCCCUGAAAUGAAAGAGUUCCUUGGCGGCCGGACUGAAAUCCCUCGGACUGAAGUUCUUAAAGUCAUCUGGGCCCACAUCAAAGAACAUAACCUACAGGAUCCAGCAAACAAGAGGGUAAUUGUAUGUGAUGAGAAGCUGAAGAAGAUAUUUGGAGAGAGGGAUACUGUUGGUUUUCUUGAGAUUGCUGGGCUAAUUAGCCCUCACUUCCGGAAAGUGGAAAGUUAGGUUCGAUACACUGACCGUGAAACCUGGUGCAAUGUAAAUGGAUAUCUAUUUUGGUUGAUGAUAUUACUAGGGAGAAAGAAUAGCAGUACCCGCCCCACCUUUUUGGUAGUUUAUGGCUAUGUUAGGGGAUUCUAAAAGCCAGUAGAAUCUUGUUUCUUUAGUGUUUUUGUCUUCUGGGAUCUGUCUUCUUUUGAAUGUUUCGGCUUCUAUGACGUUGUUAUUAUGCCUCGUGGAUUUAUAUAUGCACUAGUUUCAUAUUUCUUAGUA